UGCAUACAAUGACAUCACUGCCCAUAGACAAUUGGUAUAAAAUACAGUACGAAAUGACAUCGACGAUGACAUUUUGUUUUUACGAUGUACACGGCAAAGCGUGUAAAAACGUGUAAUCACGUGAUAACUCAUUGAUAAGGCCUAAUAAGCACGAUUGUUUCAUCGCUUGCAGCUGAUCUAAUCGGUGCGUCAAUUUCACGAGCAAACAAAAAUUUUGAAAUAGGACUUUCUCGACAACGUGACGUCAGUCUAAUUUCUAAUUGAAACUGCCGCACCGAUCGCUAGCAUCGGCUCGCUGGUAGCCGCGGCCGAAAUAUAACGAACUGCGUAGCCGGCGACAUGUGGCGAGUGUCGAGUUACACGCAGUAGCAGACGAACCCGCAUAACGUAUUUACAAAGCACACGUGACAGUACGCGCAAUCCUAUUAUUAUUUAUAAAUGUCGAAGAUGUCGAGCGACGGUUUCAAAAAGGUGAACAAGGACGAGCUCAAGACUCGCCUGAGCGAGGAGCAGUGGCGCGUCACCCAGGAGAAGGCCACCGAGGCGCCCUUCACGGGCGUCUACGACAAGCACUUCGAGGCCGGCGUCUAUCUCUGCGUCUGCUGCGAGCAGGAGCUCUUCGAGUCCGAGACCAAGUUCGACGCGGGCUGCGGCUGGCCGGCCUUCAACGAGGUGCUGGCCCGCGAGCGGGUGCGCCUCGUGCGCGACGAGAGCCGCGACCAGGUCAGGACCGAGGUCGUGUGCGCGCGCUGCGACGCCCAUCUCGGCCACGUGUUCAACGACGGCCCGCCGCCCAAGAGGAAGCGAUUCUGCAUCAACUCGGCCUCGAUCGUCUUUCGAUCCGUCGAGGAGCGCCAGGCCAAGGCUGCUCGGCAAGCGUCCAAGGAAUAGAGAGGUGCGGAGCGUGCGAUAUUGUUGACACUGUUUAUUGGAAAAUGUAUAUUUAAGCAAUUGUAGUGCGAUAUCGUAGUGAGUUUGUAUAAGUGUUAUGGAGAUUAAUUCUUGAAUAUAACGUUCAGGUGACGUUUGUUAACUGUCAGUGGCUCAACGACAGCUAUACAUUUGAUAAGAUUGUCAUCGCUUGUAACGAAAAUUGUACAUUCCAUAAGAUGAAAAUGAAUAUUGUAUAUUAUAAGUAAAUAACAAAGUAUGUUUUGAAUAAACUUUUUUUCAUAAUAA